AUGUUCAAGGAGAAGUUCAAUGCAACUCCAGAGGAGAAACCACUUGAGGCUUCGAGCCAGUGGGUAGGAGAUGUAUUCUCUGGCGCGGCGCAUUCUUGGGAGCAGAUUGCUCAUCUGAAAAAACACUGGGAUGGACCAAUUGUUCUGAAAGUAAUUCAACACUCCGAAGAUGCGAAGUUGGCUGUCCAACAUGGUGUUGGUGGAACUGUAGUCAGUAAUCAUGGAGGUCGACAACUUGACGGGGCCGUUGGACCUCUGGAAAUGUUACCGGAGAUUGCAGAGGCAGUAGGAGACAAACUUAGCAUCCUAUUCCGAUAUUCGACAGUGGUAUACGAGGAGGAGUCGACACUAUCAAAGCACUCGCUCUGA